CCCGGAAGUUAACAUUUGAUGUCGCUUAUAUCACAAUGUCAAAGAAAUAAAUUUAUAAAACUUUUGAGUAAAGACUAAUUAAAAAGUCACGAUGUUUACAUUUAGUAUCAAUGCAUCUGAUUCUAUAUUUAUUUCUAAUUUGUUGCCAAACAUAUUCCUUGUUUAAGGAAUCCGUGCCGUGUGAAGUAACUUUCACGAUGUGCUAAUAAUCCACAACGCAUCGCUUGUAACAUGAAAAAUACCUGUCAUUUCCAAAUUAAGAAAGCUGUGUAAAGACAGAGGAAAAUAACAAUGAGUGGUUGUAAGAUAUGGGUAACUAUAAGUCGAGACCAACAAUUUCUUGUGCAGAUGAAUUAAAGAAAAAGAUAAGCGAGAGUUACUCCCUGUUCCGUUCUCACGUGAUAGAGGACUUACGUCCAGUUAGAGAAACAGAAUGGACCGAAUUACAGCAAGCUUGCAGUGUAUGUGAUACAGCAAAAGUGAUCAGUUUAAUAAAAAUUCAAAAUGCACAUGAGAAGACAGAUAUUGGGCUCACAUUACUUCAUAUAGCAUGUUUAUCAGGGGGCAGCAAACAUCUGAUAGAAGUGUUGAUACAGAAAGGUGUCAAGCCUGGAUUAUUGUCCAAGAAUCAGUUCUCAGCCCUACAUCUAGCUACCUAUAAGGGUGACAUAGAUUGUGUUCAAGGUUUACUAGAAGGUUCUGUAGAUGUUAACCAGACAGGAAAUAGUGGGCUUACUGCCUUACAUAUAGCUGCCAUGUGUGGACAUAGCGAGAUUGCCCUAUGUCUGUUAGAGCAUGAUGCUAAUAUAAAUCAGGGAGAUGCUGUCAAUUUCUCACCUCUACAUAUAGCCUGUAACUUCGGCCAUGAUAAGGUAGUAGAGGUGUUAUUAAAACACGGUGCAGAUGUGAACAUUAGUGGCAGUGUUGGUGACCGACCUUUACACCUGGCAGCUGGCAAAGGUUAUGUUAGGGUCACACAGAAUCUUGUUGAAGGGACAGGAAAAUCCAAGGCUAAUGUAAAUGUGAAAGAUGAUGAAGAACACACUCCCAUACAUUUUUGUUGUAAAUCUGGACAUCUUGUGGUGCUACAUUAUUUAUUGGAGCAAAAAGCAGACCCGCAUGUAGUAAAUAUCUAUGGUGACACGCCAUUGCAUUUAGCAUGUUACAAUGGUAAAGUGGAAGUUGUCAAACAGCUGAUUUCUAGGACAGGACUUGAUAGUAUAACAAAAGAAAACAUCUUUAGUGAAACGCCUUUGCAUUGUGCAUGUACCAGUGGUAAAAGUUUGGAUAUGAUAAAGUUUCUUCUAGAUCAGCCAGGUGUCAAGAUAAACCAUCAAGGCAAGGAUGGUCAUACAGCAUUCCAUAGUGCUUGUUACCAUGGUCAUAUACGUGUUGUACAGUAUUUACUGGAGAAAGGAGCAGAUAUAAAUCUAGUGGCAUCGAUCAGUGAUCAGAGUGGAGGUAGUGAGCGUAGGGAGGAUCAGACAGCUCUAAUGUGGGCAUUUCAGCAAGGGCAUGAUGCAAUAGUAACUCUAGUCAAACAUCAUAAGAGACCUCAGGAUGAGUCAGCACAUGGGGACUACUCUCAGCCUGGUGGGGAGGGGUCAUAUGUCUCCGUACCUUCACCUAUAGGCAAGUUGAAGAGCAUGACACGAGAAAAGAUAGAUGUGUUACAAUUACGAGCUGAUCUGCCUCAUCAGUUUCAUAUUCUUAUAUCAGAUAUAGAGUUUAAUGAUGUAAUAGGAAGUGGUUCAUUUGGGAAGGUGUAUAAAGGCAGGUGUAGAGGAAAGGUGGUUGCUGUUAAAAGAAUAAAGCAAGCUUUUUUUGGAACCCCAAAGUCAGAUGUUACUUUUUGUAAGAGAUUAAUUAUUCUAAUUCAACUGAAGCACCCCAUGAUAUAUGCAUAUUCUAACAUUAAGCUACAAGAUUCAUUUAGUUAUGUAUUGUUUGAAGAGUAUAAAAAUUUUCAUAUUAUUAUGUUCUAUUAUUUACAAUAUAGACUGAUAGAUAUACACUCCAAGUUGAUCAUAGCGAUGGAUGUUGCUAAGGGUAUGAACUAUCUACAUAAUCUUACACAACCUGUGAUACAUAGAGAUCUCAACAGUCAAAAUAUACUGCUGGAGGAAAAUGGUCACGCCAUUGUGGCUGACUUUGGUGAAUCUCAAUUUUUACGCACCCUUGAAGAUAAUAUGACAAAACAACCAGGGAACCUUAGAUGGAUGGCACCAGAAAUAUUUACACAGUGUACAAAGUAUAGUGUGAAGGCAGAUGUGUUCAGUUACUCCCUAUGUUUGUGGGAGUUACUUGCUGGGGAAUUACCAUUUGCUCAUCUCAAACCAGCUGCAGCAGCAGCGGAAAUGGCCUAUCACCAGACACGCCCCCCAAUAGCUGUAACCUUCCCUAAACCAUUAGUUGCUCUUCUACAUAGAGGCUGGAGUCCGAAUCCAGAAGAUAGACCAGAUUUUGCUGAGAUUCUCCCUAUACUGGAAGACUGUAAACAUUCUCCCACUGUGAUGAUGUUGAGUAACCCACCAGAGUACCAGCAAGUUCCCCUGUCUGCCAGCCUCCCAGCUGUGAUACGUGACCAUGAGGGUGACGGCGAGGGUAGGGCCACGCCUCCACUUGUUGGGAAUGUCAGUGCCUUAAAGUCAAGAUGGGAGAUGGAAGCCUCUAGGAACUGUAUGGAGGAUAUGCGGCCAAGACUACCUUUUCCUCAAAUUGAUAAAAAUGGGUAUGUUUCGGAUCCUUUGAGUACAAUGAGGAUAUCUGUACCAAUGGAAGAAAGGCGGGAAUCCAAGCUAAAUGGCCACACCUCCUGACACUAGACAUGACCUUAACCUUUAACCUGAUGGAACUGAGUGAUUAGCCUUUGUCACCAGUCUAGAACCUGGUCAGAUUGCAAAGAUGAGCGAAGCUAGGGCAAAUCCAGUGCAAAAGAAAUUGACAGUCUAGGAGUUAAGCUGCUAAAAAAUCAGUCGGUACAAUCUUUUUUUCUGAUUGGCUGACUCAAAUAUUUGAAUUUGAAUUCACCAAUUAGAGUACAGUAGUUACAGACUGGUUUGUACUGUCUGUUUACUGAUUGGCUUAUUCAAAUAUUUGAAUUUGAAUUCACCAAUGAGAAUACAGUAGUUACAGACUGGUUAAAAGGCUAGAUCUGAAUGUAUUACCAAUAUGAGAUUACAAUAUUGUAUGGGUUUAAACCCGUUAACAUGUUUUUUUUGCUAUGUUUAUAAACACUUUUUUAUAAUUUUAUAUAGGAUAUAAAAAGGGCAUUGUAUCAAAUUUGUUUGUGAUAAUUACUCUGAUUGUGAAUUUUUAAUAUUAACUUUUGCAUAUAUCUUGAACAUUAUUUUUGUACUUCAAACCCAUUAAACCUUAAAGGCAUAUAUAUGUUUUUCAUGUGUGUAUUAAAGGUCAUAUGUUUUCAGCUGCUUGGUACAUCGAUUAGAAUAAUCGAGACCUAAAGGGUCAUUUACUAUUAUGUAUAAUUAACAAUAAAAAAAACCUGAUUGAAAAGAUAAAUAACUUAAGUUAUGACAAUAAUUGAAAUGUCUUCCUAAUAGUAUAUUUAAGAGUAUGUUUUAUAAGGCCAUAAAUCUUUUUAUGAGUACAUGUACAUUUACUUGUAGGUGCUUUUCCUAUGCUUUCAUUUAAGGUAUAAUGUGUAAAACAACUGUUUGAAUUUGUAAUGAGGAUAUAUACCACUAUGUGCCAAUAAUACAACAUUUAUUUUCAUUAUUUUAAACCUACAUGUAUGAUGUAUAACUGUCAAUGUUUUUAUAUUCCUUGUUUUUUAGGCAUUUUGUAUUUACAUGUUAUUUUGUACACUGUUGUUCAAAAAGUUCAAAUCUUACAAAUGCUUCUUUCUGUGAAUGUAAAAUUUCAAAUUUGGUUACUUAUUUUGGUUUAUUGUAGCUUAAUAUAGUUAUAUUAGUCAUUGAUUUCACUGAUUUUUUUCCCUUUACGAAAACACCCAGUAUGCCUUUCGUCUAACUUUUAAGUGCAGAGAAAGUUGAAUGUGCUGUGUUGAUUAUAACUGCGGUUGUAAAAAGUCUGCAUUAAAAUUACCAAAUUUAUAUGACAUGUAUAUGAUAUUAGGGGGCAUCCAUGUCAACAAGUUGACGCUCACAACUGUAAUUCGAAUCUCAACAGAGACUUUGGAUUCUUUCAGUGUGACGUAAAACCAUAAUCAAACAAACAUAUGAUAUUAGUACAAGCAAGCUAUGCAAUGCUGUUAUUGUUCUCUUAACUUAGCAAUGUAUAUUUAAGUUAAACUGUCAUUAUAUGACAAAGGAAAAUAAAAGAAGAAUUUUAACAUAUGGGAUGGGGGCAUUUGUGGCCGAGUGAUUAAGGUCGUUGAACCUCUUGCCUCUCACCCCUGUAGGUUUGAGCGUCGCAAGUGUCGGCGGAUUCUUCAUUUGAGAAAGCUAUCCAACAAGGUUACGGAAAGUCGGUGGUUCUACUCAGGUGCCCGUUUGUGUCUGAAAUAAUGUGCAGGGGGGCACAAGAGGUCUUACACCACCAGUAAAGCUGGACAGUCUCCACAUGACUUUUACAAUGUUGGUGUGACGUAAAACACACUUUACCUUUAUUGUUAUGUCCCUUGUUUUAGUUCUUCCUCCAACAGUCCCCAAAUGACAUUUUAUGUGUUGAUGCAUCAUAAGACCCAACCAAAAAAUAACUAACACAUGAGGGGUCAGUGUGGAACUGCUUUUUUCCAUGGAAAAUAUUAUUUGCACUUUACCUUUUACUAAUACUUAUCUAAAGACCUUUUUAAAUAUUUACUUAAAACAUAUUCUAUUUUACCAAACAAAUUGAUUUAAUGUGCAAUAAAUAUUGGAUACAAAGUA